AUGGCUAGACAGCAAGCUAUCAAAACUUGGCCAGAAUUCCUUAGAAUGCAAGAAUCAUAUGAAACAAAAAUGACUACACUAACUCCCCCCCCUCCUUGAGCGACCAAAGCCAUUGGAAAAUCUCACCUCCGUGAGCGAACAAAAUAAAAAUUUUCUUAUGAAAAAAAAAUUGGUAUAUAAAUAUUUGUUGGUAUAAUGGAAAUCUCUAGCAAUUCCUGUUUAAUUUUGAACAAAUUGUUUUUAAACAUAAAUAUUACAGAUUGAAAUUUGCUUUCCAAUUUUGCGAAUUUGGAGGAUUUUAAAUUUCGAAAAAAAAUAAACACAUAUGAUUGAACAAAAUUUUUUUGUGUGGCUCACGGAGGGGGAGUAAGAAGCUCAAUUUUAUCAUACGUUAGUCCUCGAACUCAACGGCCAGCGUAAUAAUUAACCUAGAGUCUGGGUAGCUUUAAUAGAUCCGCAAUUUGCAUCUGAAUGCUUACAUUUUUUUCAUGCAGCAAAAAACCAAAAGCAGGUAACCAUUCCAACGAAUACUGCAAAAAAUAUUAGAAAAGAGUCUGCAGAAUCUUAUAUUAGUGCACUGAUGGUCAAGCACUAAACCGUCCCCAUAUCAAACUGCCUAGUCUUGAUUAUAAGAAUAUAAGAGAUAUUAAACUUAUUCAUCUACGCUAUUAAAACAUGAUUUAUACGAUGCUAAUACUUAUAUUUAGUACUUUAUUUCAUAGAAUUUUUUUCUGGCUAGCAAAUUUGGCUAUUUAAAAAUAAGCUCUUUAAGCAGAAUAAAUUUUUUAAAAGUAUUAAUUUAGUGCUAUCGAUGCUAGAUAUUAUAUGUGUCUAUGAUUCAUAAUUAUACUAUCAUUGAUUUAUUUGCGCAUAUCUAUUUUAAAGCAGAAUUCGACUGGAUUCAUGCUUUAAAAUGUGAUAAUUAUGCGAAAUCCAGAGCAUACUCGAUUUACUUUCUUAUUUAUUUGUCAAAAAAAUUAUUAAAUGAGGUUUAGGUUUAGGCUUACUUAGUGGCAGAAGAGCCGCCGAUCGGCCUUAUGGCCUUUUUCCUUCACUUUCAGCUUUUCCAAGGGUUUGUCCAAGUGACUUCAAUUCCUGCAGGUUUUUCUUCAGCUCCUCCAGGGAUUUCUUCUUCCAUUACUUCAGCGAUUUCUUCAGUUUCCUCGGCAAUUCCUUCAAUUUCUUCUGGGUUUGUUGCGGGAUUUCUGUUCGUUGUAGGGUUUUGGUUUGUUGCAGAGUUUUGGUUUGUUGCAGAAUUUUGAUUUGUGCCAGGUUCGGGUCUGCUGCAGAGUUUGGAUUUGUUGAUGGGCCCCUUUUUCACCUCUACCUUUCAAGCCAUUUUGCUCUUUUUCAGCUUUCGCGCCUUUUUAAUUUUUGCGCCUCAGCAGCCUUCGGUGCUCUUGCAGUCUCUCUUUCCUUCUCCUCCUUCUCUUUCCUUGGAACUCUUUCUCCCUUUUCUUCUAUGCUCGCUUCAUCUACUCCCUCUUUUUCCCUUAGCUUUUCUCUCAAGUCGCAGGACAUUGACCUAGAUCCUGCAGCUAGCAUCAGCUCUCCAUCACCCAAGAUAUCUCCAUGUUUUUCUGCAAGAAGAACUCUCAAUCGCUCAAGUUUUUCGUUUUCUUCUUCUGAUUCUUCAUUUCAGCUUUCAUUCGCUCCCAACUUUCCUGAAAUUCUCCAUCAUCUUCUAGCAGCCUCAUCUCUUCUUCCCAGAGUUCAAUUUCGUCCAAAACAUCGUCAAAAAACGUCAUCAUCAUAGUAAGUGUCACUCACAUCUGAGUAGAAUUCGCUGUAGGAGUCAUAGCUACCUUCAUCCGGAUCUACCAUGUUUGUGGCAAAAAUAAAAAGUUUUUAUUAAAUGAGGUAUAGGAAUUGCCCGAGGAUGGCGCUAUCUUGCGCCAUCCUCGGGCAAUUCCUAUAUCAAAUAUAAGUAUAAAAACAUGCUAUCAAUCGCAUUUUAAUAGCGUGAGAGCAAAAAAGUGCAAUAUCUCUUAUAUUUCUUGUUAUCAAGACUAAAUUGUUUGGUAUUGAGAGGGUUUCAUACUUGACCUCACUGAGUGUGUGAAAGGCCGAAGAAAAAAUUCAAAAAAUUUCCACAGUUUUAAGCAUUUUUGCCUAUAAAAGACCUGAUAUUGGAUACCAUUCUGGGAUGAAUUUUCUUGUAGCAAUUCUAUUAGAAGUAUUUAAACUUGAAAGUGAUAUUUUUCUUAUGCUAUGUCACAUCAUAGAAAAAAUUUACCCGGAAGUAAAUCAAAUAUAGGACUAUUUCAUAAUAGAUAACCGAAAAUUAGGGCUCCAUCGAGAACUAAGAAUUUUUGCUAUGAUGGCUGAAAAAUUAAGGCCAAAACUAGUAGCUACAUUAAAAGCAGUUUUUCACCCAAAAAAUUCGAACACAAAAGUAGAUGAUUUAACUCCAUUUGUAAACACAAUAAAGCGGAUUGGAUUUUCAUGGUUUUCUGCUUUAUUUGUAAAAAGUAUUUUACCAUCUGAUUUACUUAGAGUUUGAGACAAUAUUUUAAUUCACGGCUUUGAAUUUGCUAUUAAAUUUGCUCUUACAAUUUUAAGCAAAUAUGAAAAAUUUCUGAGGACUACGGUAAAGGCUGAGACAAAAGCAAUAGGUUUGGACGCUUCUGUGGAUACGUUAACAGUAGCUGGAAAUUUAACAAGGAUUAAACUGAUGCAGAAAUUGGAAAAAAUGCCUAUAGAAAAAAUGAUAAAAAAAGCAAUAGCAAAAUCGACAUAUAGGAUUCAUAAAAGAAAUGAAUUGAUAACUCAAGCUGAAAAUUUAGAAAAAUUACAUUUAGAAAGGCUAUAUCGACUACGGCAAUCUAAAAUACUUCUUAGAAACAGAGGCCUUGGCUUUUCUUUUACUGAGCUCCUUGAUAUUUUUCAUUCUUUUGAUCAACUUAAUAAAGAAUUUGUGUCACGAGAAGAGUUUUUAAGUAUUCUUAAAUUGAGGCAAAAUUGGAUCUCAAGCCUAUCAAUAAAUAUUUUUAGCGCAUUUGACCAAUAUGGAAAUGAUUCAAUAGAACUCGCACAAAUAAAAAUUGGUUUAGCAUUGCUUUCUCAAUGUCCAACUGAUGAAAAGCUAAGCCUUUGCUAUCAAGCUUAUGCUAAAAGCUCUUCUGAGGACUUAUAUCCAGUAGAUAUAUUUAAUUUAAUUUGCUGUAUAGAAAAAACACUUGACUAUCGUUCAGAAUAUUUUAAAACACAGUCAAGUUUGUUCUAUGAUAGUCUCGAUUUAACUGGCUAUAGCAACAAAGUUUCAAUUGCAGAUUUUGUGCGGAUUCUGAAAACUGAGCCAGCAUCUAUGCCAAUUUAUGAUUUUAUUAAUGCUGUAGAAGCUAAUGAAUAUUUUAUAUUUGGCUAUUAUGGGACAAUAAUAAAGAAGACACUAAUUAAAUUAUAUAUAAAAUAGAUUAAUAGUCCCUAUAAAUAUUUGGAUAUUACUCAAUAAACCAAUACAUACAAAUCCCUGAAAUGAAAAUAGCCCAAAUGCAUCUAGAAGGCACUUUCAGUGAUAUUCACUCCCCUCUUACCUCAAGAUCUGACUCUUCGCAUACAUCAGAAAUAUCUACUUAUGAAGAUGAUCCUCAAAACCAAGAAAAUGACUAUUUUGAAAUGGAAAAUCCAGAAACAUUUGAAAUCCCUUCAAUAGAAAUCAAUGAAAAUAUUGGAAAUUUUGAGGAAAUUAAAAAUGAUGCUGUUGAAGAAAUAAAUGAAGACACGCCAAAUUUUGAAAAAAUGGAAGAAGAUUUUGACGAAGAAAAAUACGAGACUAUUGUAAGAGCAGAGUCCUUAGCAGUCGAAAAGCAAUCAGAAUUUAAUGUUUUUAAAGAAAAUCACAAUAAAAGAAAAAUUGAGCUUCCAGAGCCAAUUGUGAUUCCGAAAGAAUCCAGGCCAGGGUGUUCAAGAUUAUGCAUAAAAGAUACGUGUGAACUUUUUUAA